AUGAAAUUAAUUAAAAAAUAUAUUGAAAAAGAUUUAUCAGGAUAUGUAAAAUUACAAUUAGAAGAAGAAGAAGAUUUAUGGCAUUGUUAUAAUUUAAUAAGUGUAGGUGAUCUAUUAACAAGUUCAACAGUAAGAAAGAUUCAAAAAGAGACAGCAACUGGUAGUGUAACAAGUGAGAGACAGAAAUUAAAGAUAACCAUUCAAGUCACCAAAAUCGAUCACGAUAAUGAAUCAUCAUUACUUCGUGUUAGUGGAGCAACAUGUGUAGAGAAUAGAUUUGUUAAACUUGGAUCAUUUCAUACUAUCGAUUUAGAGAUGAAUAGAGAGUUUCAGUUACAAAAACAAGAAUGGGAUAUGAUCUCAUUGGAGUUGGUCAAAAAUGCAACUGAUAUAGGUCAACGUGCCGAUGUUGCUGCAUUAAUCAUGAAUGAGGGUUUAGCAAAUCUUUGUUUAAUCACAUCAGCAAUGACCGUUGUUAAAAGUAGAAUCGAAGUACCUGUACCACGUAAAGGUAGAUCAACAUCUGAUAAUCAUCAAAAAGGUUUAGAAAACUUUUUCAAUACAAUCUUACAAUCAAUGACUAGAAAUAUUAAUUUUGAUGUUGUAAAAUGUUUUAUAAUUGCUUCACCAGCUUUUGUUAAAGAUAAAUUCUUUCAAUAUAUGAUGGAUCAAUCAUCAAAGAAUGAUUUGUAUAAAGUAUUUAGACAAAAUAAAUCAAAAUUUAUUUUAACACAUUCAUCAUCAGGACAUAGAUAUUCAUUGAAAGAGGUUUUAUCAGAUCAAGCAAUCGUUCAACAAUUCUCAAAUACAAAAGCAGCUAGUGAAGUUAAGAUUCUUAAUGAUUUUUAUGAUAUGUUGAAAAAAGAUCCAAAUAGAGCUUUCUAUGGUUACGAACAUGUUAAAAAGGCAAAUGAAAGAUUAGCAAUUGAAACCCUCUUGGUCACUGAUGAAUUAUUUCGUGGUAAAGAUGUAAAAACUAGAAAAAAGUAUGUUGACUUGGUUCAAUCCGUUAAAGAUAAUAAAGGUGAUGUUAAAUUAUUUUCUGGUUUACAUGUAACUGGUGAACAACUUUCAAAAUUAUCAGGUGUUGCAGCAAUUUUAAGAUAUCCAUUGGAAUUAGAAGAUGAAGAAGAGGAGUAUCAUCCAGAUGAGAGUGAAAAUGGGGAUGAUGAUGAUAACAACAAUAAUAAUAAUGAUGACGACGAUUAUAGCGGUUAUAAAAAUAGAAGUACAAGAACUAGUAGAGAUAAUGACGAUAGUGACGAUAAUGAUAAUAAAGGUAAUUUUGAGGAUGAAGAUUACGAAUCUUUUUCUUCAAAUAGAUAA